UCAAGCAUCAAACUUCAUGACCAAUUAGAUAUAAAUAAGACCCCAGGCAUUGAUGGCGGCUUAGUACCAAAGCGACAAUUGGCCGGCAUAACCAUCUAAGGGGGUAUCAUCUAAGCUUGCCGCCCGGGAAUUGGCCAGGUGCACAGCAUCAUACCAGUGCGUGUGUGUGUCCAUCAGCGAGGCUGGAAAAAUUGAAAACCUUUGAUGGAUAUCGCAGUGAAAUCGAUACCUUGAGGAAAGGGAAACAGAACUUGUAACGCAUUACGAAGCAAAAGUGCAACUUGAAGAAAUACGAUCUUGCACAGCAGUUGCGAGAAUAGAAUUGUGCGAAAUCUGAGAUUACAACAGUGCUAAAGGACGGGUUGGGCUUCACAAAAGACGGCCACCCUUGGAGAGCCAGAAAGUGAAACUUAAAUUACAAAAGCCAACAAGAACAGGAUGAUAAUGAAUUUCGCAAUACUCGUAACUUUGGCUCUGGCUAUAGUCACAAAGGCCCAAAAAUUCGAUGGAUAUUUCUAUCCGAAGCCCAGUUGUAAUUUCCAGGAAGCGCAAACAGUAUAUGUGACACAAACCGUCACGGAUUACAAAGUGCAAACACAAACUCUACCAGGAGGCAUUCAACAUGAUGAAAGAGUUAUAACGCAAUACUCAUCAAUUUAUGUCACCUCAACAUUUACUGAAACAGCUGCGGCAUAUCAAACCGUUACUCAUACCAACACUUUAACCGUUCCCGCCCAAAUACAGCCAGGUCAAACGAUCUACCAAACAGUUACGCUACCACCGAUAGUUUCUACGUAUGUUUCGACUCAAAUUCAGGCCACACCAGUAUACCAAACAGUAAAGGAUACAACGACCGUUACACUACCAGCUCAAGUCCUUCCGGCUCAAACCAUCACCAAAACUAUACAACAACCACCAGUUAUAAGCACGACAACGCUAUUAAGAACCGAAACCGUCCCGGUAGUGUCCACCAUCCGAGAUACCACAACUGUAUUCGCACCACCAGUGACCCUUCCGCCCCAAGUUAUCUAUUCCACUAUUCAACAACCUGCUCAGUACAUUACCACCACAUCAUAUUACACCACUACAUCUCCCGUAAUUCAAACCGUACAAACUACGAUCACUGCUGCUCCGAUAACCCUACCAGGACAAACCAUCUAUAAAACAGUAACCCAACCCCCACAAGUGAUCUACUCAACAGUCAACCAACCCGUGCCAACUCCCGUUUAUCAAACCGUUACUGAAUACAAAACCGUUCAAUUGCCUGGCCAAGGCCCUGUAUACCAAACAAUCUACAGCACCGUGACCUUGCCAGGACAAGCCCACACCGUUGACAACAUACUGACAAUGACUCUUCGUGAUAUCCAAUAUGUUACCCAAACCGUUACCCAGACCCGGCCCGGGGUCCAGCACGAUGCUCAAACUGUCUACUCCACCGUUCAACUGCCAGCGGUUACGCAGACCUACUGUGGACCUCAGAACACGUACCUUCCGGCACUACAAGACAACGCCGUUGGCCGUGGAGCUUUCGGAGGCUUCAGUCCACGACUCAACCGGUACUUCUAAGGGAAUGUUCAAAACAAUAUGUGCGGGUUUUUUUCUCUGCAUAGAGUCGUUCAAAGAUGAAGCGCAAGACGUAAUAAACUGCAAUGUAAAAAGAACGAAUAACUUGUAAAUAUGUAUAAGGAAUGCCAUGAAAUUCGAAUAAAUUUAGCAAAUCGGAUGACGUCAA